AUGAAGCAUAAAGUUAAACGUGAUAUUAUAAAAUGUAAAAAAAAAUUAGAAAAUUCUAUUAAGGCAUUAGAAGAAAAAAUUUUAAGACUUGAAUCAGAAUAUCAUCAAAAUUGCAAUGUUAAUGGAGGCAAUUUAAUGAAAGGAUGGGAAAGUUAUUUAAGAAAAACAUCAAUAGAACCAUUAAGCUUUAGAACAUUUAGAGAUGAUUAUAAUGAUUUUUAUAUAGAAAGAAUGCUAUCAUUAACUUCGUGUACUUCACCAGCUACUUCAUUAUUUUUAAAUGAGAAUUCAAAAUAA